AGAGGACAAUGGAUGCCUGGCAGUACGUUACAGAGAGGGUCAACGCUGUUUCCGGAAACUACAGGACCUGGGAGGAAGUUCGCAAGAAAGUCCACGGCCUGAAGAAAAGCACAAAGGAAAUAUUCGCUUAUAAUCGAUGAUCAUGGCAAGAAGCGGUUGGUGCCCUCCCAGAUACCAGGACGUUAACGAAAUAUAAAAAUGAAAUGUUUGUUGUAUUUGGGAAGGAAAAUCUUGAAGGUCUUCGGCCUUUGGAUAUCGGUACCAUGACAAGACAUGUUCGUAAGUAAUAUAUAACGCAGAUGUCCUUUGAUUUGCACCAAACAUUAAAUGACACAAAACGAACACUGUGGGCAGCAAGUGAUAUCAGAAGAGCAACGAACUCCUGAGUGCCGGUUGUCACCAGUGCUGUUUGAAGGUGGCAAUAGCAUAGAAACACCUCUAGUUCGAGGGAUAAAGGAUGAGAAUCAGGAAACACCAACUGAGUCUUUGAGCACUAGUGAAGAAUGGGAAGAAGUAGUGGUGGGUGACGAGGGAGCAACUGUUGCAGCCUGGAGACCCAGCAUGAUAGGUGCCUCCCCUCAGUUAGAUAUAGUUACAGACCUUAAUGGGCCUGCUUUCAAAUGGAGGCUGUUAGAACAUGGAGUCCAUGUUGAGCAGUCAUUGGCCUUCAUGCACAAUACUUUGGAAGAUGGUAUGGUUAGGUUGGAUCAGCGGUUAUCCUCAAUGCAGUCUGCAAUUGAGCAGAUGGCAAAACCAGUGACAACUGCAGUGGAAACCUCACUUAUGCAAGCUCUAGGCAAUGCAGGAGCAUCUCUUAUGAAUGUUCACAGUAUUGCUAUGGAAGCUUUGGGGUUAAAACUUAAGGAAGCAGUUGUAGCUGGCUUCAAUUCACUUGGAGAACAGUUACAUGGAACUGUGAGAGAAGGAUUUAAAAAUCUAAUUGAAACACAAUGUUCUACACUUACACAGCUGAUUGCAUAUUGUGAGGAGAUGCCCUCCAGUAGUGGCACAAGUGAAGUUAAGGUAGUUGACACUCCUGUCACCACCAGUUCUGUGCCAGAACACAUCUGUGCACAAGUAACAGGGUAACAAGUAAAUUGACAAAAUUGAAAUAAUGCUUUUAUUAUCACUGUAUUUCUUUAAUGUACAAAAAGUCUGCUCUGCUUUUUAAAAUAGCUGUAGGCUUCACUGUUGCCUCAGUUGUCACAUUUCUAUUUUAGAUUUACCUUUUGAGAAGAGUGCUACUUCAAAUCUAAUCAAGAAUAUACAAAAUAGGAACGUGUAAGCCAUUCAACCUUUUGAGUCUGUUUCAUUAUUCAUUAAGAUCAUGGUGGAUCUGAUUUGAGGCCUGAAAUUUACUUUGAUUCCGCCCCUCCCCCAAAACCAACAACAUGACCCUUCACUCUCUUGUUAAUCAAGUCUGUCCAACUCCGCCUUGAGUUUGUUCAACAAUCCAUUUUGCACUGCUCACUGCAGAAGAGAAUUCUAAAUGCUAAUGGCCUUUUGAGAAGCAAUUCCUCCUUCUCUGUUUUAAAUGAAACCCCUUGAUUUAAAAUCAUGGUCUCUAUAUUUCUUGAUGUCCCCCAAAGGGGGAAAGAUCCCCUCAACAUGUAUCCUGUGAAAUCCACUCAUUCGAAUGAUCAUCUCUCAUUCAUUCUCCUGAACUCGUGGGUAUAGGCUGAAUCUUCUUUCAGGACAAUCCCACAAGUUAGCUUCCUGAAUCGCCUCUCAAAUGUUUGCAAUGCAUGUCCCUCAUUAAAGUCAGGAGAGCAAACUGUUCAAAAGUUCUCUAGUUUGAUCUUGCUGGUGCCCUGUACAGUUAUAGCAAGACUUUUUUUUGCUCUAUUCCCCUCACAACAAUGGCCAACAGUCUAUUUGCCUUCCUAAUUACACAAUGUAUUUGCAUAUUGACUUGUGAUUUAUGUACAAGGAUACUCUGCAUUAACCUUCAUGUGUAUUUAAAAGAUGAAUGGUGUUACAGUUGUGAUGUAACAUCUGUUUGGUGAUACUUUAAAAAAUAUUCAUACCUUUUUGGCUGUGGAUUGAUUAACCUUUGGGAAGAGUAUCCACUAAUUAUGUGUCCACUGUUUAACUGAGAUUGCAACAAUCUAGCUAAACCUGUGCCAUUUGCUAUUUUUUAGCUGGCAUCAGCACUGUCCUGUUUCAGGCAAUGUCAACUGUUAUCUCCAAGCAUAUAUUUAAUGCGUCAAAAGAGAAAUUGUAGCUCAAACCUCCAGUCAUGAAAUCCUGUUUAAAACUUGAAAAACAGCAUGUGCAACAGUUAUUGCUUGGGAAGAGUUUGAGUGUUUUAAAACGAUAAGACUACUUUUCACAUAUUGCAGGGACAGGUCUUUUUUUUAAAUCUCUUAUGAUCAGCCUCAAGAACACUUUAUUUUUCAGAUUUGUGUAAUACUAAACUAAAAAUGUUUCAAUGCAAUUUUAUAAAUAAAUAC